AUGGUCGGGGAACUCCGCUACAGGGAAUUCAGAGUGCCCCUGGGGCCCGGCUUGCAUGCCUAUCCUGACGAGCUGAUCCGCCAGCGAUUGGGCCAUGAUGGGCACCCAGAGUACCAGAUCCGCUGGCUCGUCCUCCGGCGUGCAGAGGAUGAGGAGGGGGGCUCCAGUCAAGUGGACUGCAAGGCGGAGCACAUCCUGCUGUGGAUGUCCAAUAACGAGAUCUACGCCAACUGCCACAAGAUGCUGGGCAAGGACGGCCAAGUUGUCUGGCCUUCCCGGGAGGCUGCGCGGGAGGCUGGGGCCCUGGACAAGUCUGUGCUGGAGGAGAUGGAAACCGAUGUGAAGUCCCUGAUUCAGAGGGCCCUUCGGCAGCUGGAGGAGUGCACGGGCACCACCCCUCCUGCUCCCCUGCUUCACACUGUGCACGUGCUCAGCGCCUAUGCCAGCAUCGAGCCCCUCUCUGGGGUCUUCAAAGACCCGCGGGUCCUGGAUCUGCUCCUGCACAUGCUGAGUAGCCCGGAUUAUCAGAUCCGCUGGAGCUCCGGCCGGAUGAUCCAAGCCCUGGCCUGCCACGAUGCCGGCACCCGGACCCAGAUUCUCCUGUCCCUGAGCCAGCAAGAGGACAUUGAGAAACACCUGGAUUUUGACAGCCGCUGCGCCCUGCUGGCUCUGUAUGCACAGGCCACACUCUCCGAACACCCCAUGUCUUUCGAGGGCAUUCAGCUGCCACAGAUCCCAGGAAGGCUGCUCUUCUCCCUGGUGAAGCGCUAUCUGCAUGUCACCUCCCUCCUGGAUCAGCUGAAUGACAGCGCUGCAGAACCAGGAGCCCGGAACAGCUCUGCUCCUGAGGAGCUGAGCAGGGAGAGGGGUCGGCUGGAAUUGGAGUUCAGCAUGGCCAUGGGCACCCUGAUCUCAGAGCUGGUACAGGCCAUGCGCUGGGACUGGGCCUCCAGCAGACAGGGGCCCUUGGCUCAGUCUUCCGGUUCCAUCUUCCAGCCCCAGCCGGCAGAUGCCGGCCUAGGGCUGCCGCCCGCCCAGGCCCAGGCCUCCCUCAGGAGGCCAACGUGGUUUCGCCCUCGCUCUGAGUUCGCAAGCGGCAACACCUAUGCCUUAUAUGUGCGGGAUACCCUGCAGCCGGGGAUGCGGGUGCGGAUGCUAGAUGAUUUCGAGGAGGUCAGUGCCGGGGAAGAGGGCAAGUUCCAGCAGAGCAACAAUGGCGUGCCCCCUGUGCAGGUGCUGUGGGAAUCGACUGGCUACACCUAUUGGGUACACUGGCACAUGCUGGAGAUUCUGGGCUUUGAGGAAGAGGACGUGGCUGAGGCCGAUGAGUACCGGGGGGCAGCGCGCAGUGGCGCCCGGGGUGGAGCCCUGCCCUCCUGCCGAUGGAAGCCCAUGGCGGAGCUCUAUGCCGUGCCCUAUGUGCCGCCUGAGGAUGAGGGCGCGGAAGAGAGCGAGCACCUGACCCAGGCCGAGUGGUGGGAGCUCCUCUUCUUCAUCAAGAAGCUGGGCGGACCCGGCCACCGGGAGGUUCUCCAGAUCCUCCAGGAGAACCUCGAUGGGGAGGUCCUGGAUGACGAGAUCCUGGCUGAGCUGGCCGUGCCCGUGGAGUUGGCCCAGGACCUGCUGUUGGCUCUGCCAGAGCGCCUGGAUGACAGCGCGCUCAGGGACCUGCUCAACUGCCGUGUCUACAGGAAAUAUGUGCCCGAGGCCCUGGCAGGGGAGCCGGCUUACCCAUCCCUGCUGGAAGCCCAGGCCCAGCCUCAGGAACCAGCAGAUGCAGCCAGCAUGGAAGAAAAAGACCCUCUGCCGCAGCCCCCCCGCAGCCCCCUGCGGCGCCUGGUGGAGGGCUAUGGGCCCGCCGGGAAAAUUGUCCUGGACCUGGAGCAAGCCCUCAGCGCGGAGGGGACCCAGGAGAGCGAGGUCAAGUCGCUGCUGCUGCUACUGCAGCAACAGCCCCAGCCCUUCCUGGUGCUGAUGCAGAGCCUGGACACUCCAGCGGCCAACAGGGCCCUGCACCUGGCCGUUCUGAGAGUCCUGAGGCGGCUAGUGGACUUCCCUGAUGCGCUGCUGCUCCCCUGGCAUGAGGCUAUGGACGCCUUCGUGGCCUGCCUGCGGUCCCCAGACACUGACCGAGAGGUGCUCCAGGAGCUGGUCCUCUUCCUGCACCACCUGGCCUCGGUGAGCAGGGACCAUGCCGUGGUGCUGAAUCAGCUGGGAGCCCGAGAUGCCCUCUCCAAGGUUCUGGAGAAGCACCUGGGGAAGCUGGAUCAGGCCCAGGAGCUGCGGGACAUGGUGUUCAAGUGUGAGAAGCAUGCCCACCUGUACAGGAAACUCACCACCAACAUCCUGGGAGGCUGUAUCCAGAUGGUGCUGGGCCAGAUCGAAGACCACAGACGAACCCACCGACCCAUCAACGUCCCCUUCUUUGACGUGUUCCUCCGAUAUCUGUGCCAGGGCUCCAGUGUGGACGUGAAGGAGGACAGGUGCUGGGAGAAGGUGGAGGUGUCCUCCAACCCGCUCUGGGCCAGCAAGCUGACCGACCGCAACCCCAAGACCUACUGGGAGUCCAACGGCAGCACCGGCUCCCACCACAUCACCGUGCACAUGCGCCAGGGCGUCCUCGUGCGGCAGCUGACUCUGCUGGUGGCCGGCGAGGACUCGAGCUACAUGCCGGCCAGGGUGGCGGUGUUCGGGGGCGACAGCACCAGCUCUCUGAACACGGAGCUCAAUGCGAUCAAUGUGAUGCCCUCCGCCCGCCGGGUGGUCCUCCUGGAGAACCUCACCCGCUUCUGGCCCGUCAUCCAGAUCCGCAUAAAGCGCUGCCAGCAGGGCGGCAUCGACACGCGCAUUCGGGGGCUGGAGGUCCUGGGCCCCAAGCCCACGUUCUGGCCCGUAUUCCGGGAGCAGCUCUGUCGCCACACGCGCCUCUUCUACCUGGUCCGGGCGCAGGCCUGGAGCCAGGGCGUCGCCGAGGACCGCAAGCGCCUGCUGCACCUGAGCUCCAGACUCAACGGGGCUCUGCGCCACGAGCAGAACUUUGCCGAUCACUUCCUCCCUGACCACGAAGCUGCCCAAGCGCUGGGCAAGAUCUGCUGGGAGGCCCUGAUCAGCCCCCUGGUGCAGAACAUCACCUCCCCCGACGAGGACGGCACCAGCCCCCUGGGCUGGCUGCUGGACCAGUACCUGGGGUGUCGGGAGGCUGCCCACAACCCUCAGAGCCGCGCGGCAGCCUUCUCCUCGAGGGUGCGCCGCCUCACCCACCUGCUGGUGCAUGUGGAGCCCUGUGCGGGGCCCGCUGCGGCGGGGGCCGCUCCUCGGCCCAAAGGCAGAAACAGAAGCCACGACUGGGGCUCCCUGGCUGCCCCGGGCCUUCCCACCAGCAUCACGAAAAACCUGACCGGCUGCUGGGAGGCAGCCGUGGAGGAGCAGGUGAACAGUUUCCUGACCUCACACUGGCAGGAUGAGGACUUCGUGCCGCGCUUCUGCGAGCACUUCCACCACCUGCAGAGGUCCAGCUCCGAGCUGUUUGGGCCGCGGGCAGCCUUCCUGCUGGCGCUGCAGAGCGGCUGUGCCGGGGCCUUGCUGAAGCUCCCUUUUCUCCGAGCGGCCCACGUGAGCGAGCAGUUUGCCCGGCACAUCGACCAGCGGAUCCAGGGCAGCCGGAUGGGCGGGGCCCGGGGGAUGGAGAUGCUGGCGCACUUGCAGCGCUGCCUGGAAACCGUCCUGAUCUUCUCUGGCCUGGACAUAGCCACCACCUUUGAGCAUUACUACCAGCACUACAUGGCGGACCGGCUCCUGAGCCGGGGCUUCAACUGGCUGGAGGGGGCCGUGCUGGAGCAGAUCGGUUCCUGCUUCCCCAGCCGCCUCCCCCAGCAGAUGCUGCGGAGCCUGAGCGCCUCCGAGCGGCUGCAGCGCCAGUUCCACCUCUUCCAGCUGCAGCGGCUGGAUCAGGAACUCCUGAAGCUGGAGGACAUAGAGAAGAAGAUACAGGAGGCCAGCGGCAAGGAGCAUGAGAGAGCGGGCGGAGAGGACGCCAAGGAAGCCGGGGCCGUGGCAGCUACAGAGGAAGAUGAGGAUGAGGAUGAGAACGAGGACCUCUAUUAUGAGGGGGCGAUGCCGGAGGUGUCUGUGCUGGUCUUGGCACCACGCUGCUGGCCCAUGGCCUCCAUCUGCCACACGCUGAACCCCAGGACCUGCCUGCCCUCCUACCUGAGGGGCACCGUGAACCGAUACUCCAACUUCUACAAGAGUCAGAGCUCCCCUGCCCUGGAGCAGGGCCCGCAGAGGCGGCUGCAGUGGACGUGGCUGGGCCGGGCCGAGGUGCAGUUUGGGGACCAGACCCUGCAUGUGUCCACCGUGCAGAUGUGGCUGCUGCUGUAUCUCAACGACCUGAAGGCGGUCUCUGUGGAGAGCCUGCAGGCCCUCUCGGGGCUCUCUGCAGACAUCCUCCAUCAGGCCAUUGGGCUUCUCACCUCCUCACGAGGCCCCCUGGACCUUCACGAGCAAAAGGAUGUCCCAGGAGGUGUGCUCAAGGUUCGAGAGGACAGCGAGGAGCCCAGGCCAAGGAGGGGCAGCGUGUGGCUCAUCCCACCUCAGCCGUACCUGAAAGCUGAGGAUGAAGAGGGCCGGAACCUGGAGAAGAGGCGGAACCUUCUGAUCUGCCUCAUCGUCCGAAUCCUCAAGGCCCACGGGGACGAGGGGCUGCACAUUGGCCAGCUUGUGUGCCUGGUGCUGGAAGCUUGGCAGAAGGGCCCAUGUCCUCCCAGGGAUUUGGUCAGCGGCCUGGGGCGGGGGUCUGCCUGCAGCAGCACCGACGUCCUCUCCUGCAUCCUGCACCUUCUGGGCAAGGGCACGGUGAGACGCCGUGACGACCGGCCCCAGAUGCUGUCCUACGCUGUCCCCGUGACGGUGACGGAGCCCCACACCGAGUCCCUGAACCCGGGCACCUCAGGCCCCAACCCACCCCUCACCUUUCACACCCUGCAGAUUCGAUCUCGAGGGGUGCCCUACGCCUCCUGCUCCGUCACCCAGAGCUUCUCUACCUUCCGGUAG